AUGAUCUGGAAGGUCCCCUCCAACCUGGACAAUCCUAUGACUCUACAACUCUACGAGGAGCGGCUGAUGGCAGCGUUCAUGUCCCCAACAUGGGACAGCGGAUCGGGGGCAGCGCUGGUCCCCGCCAGCCCGGACCCCCUGGCUGGGGAUGAGCUGAUGGAGAAGGCUGGUGGAGCCGAGGAGCUCGGGCACGUCACUGCCCUCAACCUGCUGCCACCCGCCGAGGAUGGCACCGACCCCACGGCGGAGGAGACCACGCUGCUGGUGCACAGCCACGUCCUGCCAACCCCCACCGCCGCCCCCGACGCUGCUGCCAAACAAACUUUCCCCGUUAAGAAAAAAACACUUACUCCAAAGCAAGUAAACACGGCAAGGAAGCAUCCCAAGCCCAAGCCCACCCUGCCAGGGCCACCCCGGGCUGCCUCCCCGGCCAGCCCAUCGGGCUCCAGGCUCCCCAUCGUCUCCCAAGGGCCACGGGUGCCAGCAGAGGCGGUGGCCGGGGUGGGGGACGUGGAGAAGAGCCCCCCUGAGCUUCCCUGGGGGGGCCAGGCCACCACCAGCCGCCCACCCCUGCAGAUCUCCCCCUCCACCCUGCCACCAGCGGUCCCUCGUCCCUUCCCUGAUGGAUUGGGUGAUGCCAGCGAGGCUCCCACCGCUGCUCCCACCGGUGCCACCACAAUUAACCGGACCCAGGGGGUGGAGAGCGAGGCGCAUGGCUCCACGUGGGAAGAGAGCCAAGAAACCACCACGUCCACCAUCAUCACCACCACCGUCAUCACCACGGAGCCCACCCCAGUCCUCUGCAGCAUGAGCUUCCACGAGCCCGAGGGCUACAUCGACUCCACGGAUUACCCCCCGCUGCCCCUGCACAGCUUCCUGGAGUGCACCUACAACGUCACCGUCUACACGGGCUACGGCGUCGAGCUCCAGGUGAAGAGCGUGAACCUGUCGGACGGGGAGGUGCUCUCCAUCCGCGGGGUGGAUGGCGAUGCCCUGGUGGUCCUGGCCAACCAGACCCUGCUGGUGGAGGGCCAGGUGAUCCGCAGCCCCACCAACACCAUCUCCGUCUACUUCCGCACCUUCCAGGACGAGGUGGUGGGGACCUUCCAGCUGCACUACCAGGUGUUUAUGCUGAGCUGCAACUUUCCACGGAGACCCGAUUUCGGAGACGUCACGGUGAUGGAUUUGCACUCGGGCGGAAUCGCUCAUUUUCACUGUCACCUGGGCUACGAGCUGCAGGGUCCCAGGGUGCUUACGUGCAUCAACGCCUCGAGGCCACACUGGAGCAGCCCAGAGCCAAUCUGCUCAGCUCCCUGUGGUGGGACGGUCCACAAUGCCACCAUCGGCCGUGUCCUGUCCCCCAGCUACACGGGCAACCAGUCCAGCAGCAUGUACUGCGUGUGGGCCAUCGGGGCCCCCCCGGGCCAGAAGCUACACCUGCACUUCGAGAAGCUCCUGCUGACUGAGAAGGACAGGAUGGUGGUGUACAGCGGGGACACGAACCAGUCCGCCGUCCUCUACGACUCGCUGCGCGCCGACAGCGUGCCCUUCGAAGGGGUCAUCAGCGACGGCUCCUCCAUCAGGAUCGAGUUCCUCGCCGAGGAGCCCGCGGCCCCCACGGCUUUCAACAUCCGCUUCGAAGCCUUCGAGCGAGGCCACUGCUACGAGCCCUACAUCCAGAACGGGAACUUCACCACCUCCGACCCCACCUACAACCUGGGGACCACCGUGGAGUUCACGUGUGACCCCGGGCACUCCCUGGAGCAGGGCCCUGCUGUCAUCGAGUGUGUCAACAUGCGGGAUCCCUACUGGAACGACACGGAGCCGCUGUGCCGAGCCAUGUGUGGGGGGGAGCUGACUGCCGUGGCUGGGGUGAUCCUGUCCCCCAACUGGCCAGAGCCCUACGCGGAGGGGGAGGACUGCAUCUGGAGGGUCCAUGUUGGCGAGGAGAAGCGGCUUUUCCUGGACAUCCAGCUCCUGAACCUCACCAACAGCGACAUCCUCACCAUUUAUGACGGGGACGAGCUCACCGCCCGCAUCCUGGGGCAGUACGUUGGCAGCAGUGGUCCCCAGAAGCUCUACUCCUCCAGCCCCGACCUCACCAUCCAGUUCCACUCAGACCCUGCCGGGCUCAUCUUUGGGAAGGGGCAAGGAUUCAUCAUGAACUACAUAGAGGUGUCCCGCAACGACUCCUGCUCCGACCUGCCCGAGAUCCAGAACGGCUGGAAGACCACAUCGCACACGGAGUUGGUGAGAGGGGCCAAGAUCACCUACCAGUGCGACCCGGGCUACGACAUCGUGGGGAGCGACACCCUCACCUGCCAGUGGGACCUCAGCUGGAGCAGCGACCCCCCCUUCUGCGAAAAGAUUAUGUACUGCACGGACCCGGGGGAGGUGGAGCACUCCACCCGCCUCAUCUCCGACCCGGUGCUGCUGGUGGGGACCACCAUCCAGUACACCUGCAACCCCGGCUUCGUGCUGGAGGGCAGCUCGCUGCUGACCUGCUACAGCCGUGAGACGGGGACCCCCAUCUGGACCUCACGGCUCCCACACUGCGUCUCCGAGGAGUCGCUGGCCUGUGAUAACCCAGGACUGCCAGAAAAUGGCUACCAAAUACUUUAUAAGCGCCUCUACUUGCCCGGAGAGUCCCUGACGUUCAUGUGCUAUGAGGGCUUUGAGCUCAUGGGGGAAGUUACCAUCAAAUGCAUCCUGGGCCAGCCGUCCCACUGGAGCGGGCCCCUGCCCAUCUGCAAAGUGAAUCAAGACAGCUUUGAACAUGCUCUGGAAGUAGCAGAAGCUGCAGCAGAGACAUCGCUGGAGGGGGGAAAUAUGGCUUUGGCUAUAUUCAUCCCGGUGCUGAUCAUCUCCUUGCUGCUGGGAGGAGCGUACAUCUAUCUCACAAGGUGUAGGUACUACUCCAGCCUCCGCCUGCCCCUCAUGUACUCCCACCCCUACAGCCAGAUCACGGUAGAAACGGAGUUCGACAACCCGAUUUAUGAGACAGGGGAAACAAGAGAAUACGAGGUUUCGAUAUAAGGACAGUGGUAAGAGAGUCUCCGGCUGCGAACUUAAUGUGCUCUCAUAGAACUUCCUCAGUAACUAAUCCAGAGACCACGUGGAGUUUGGUUGGCCCCCUGGACCUGCUGUUGUCUUUCCUUUUGCCUCUUUAUUGAAGAUUUUACUGUUUUCUUCACUGUAUUUAUUCUAUUUAAACUGCGAUAGGUGUGCUGCAGAGCCCCGGGCGCAGGCAGCAGCGGGGGAGCUGGGGCAGAGCCGGGUCCCGCCGAGGCCGGGGUGACAUGGGGGGACACCCUCUGUGUGUGUCCCCCCCAACCCCACACGGCGGCACGUCCCCCACGCACACGCAGGGGGAUUUUUGCGGUUCUGGUGUUGUUCAAAAUUAAAAAUGUCUCCAUUGCAA